UUACAAAAUUGAAGAAGAAGAACAGCAUGGUUCUUAUCAUAACUGUAGCUCCUUUUAGACAUGUAGGUUACAAAGUUGCCAUUUCAUUUCAAUUCGUGGUCGUGUCGACAGUGUGUAGCCAACAAACGUUCGAUCUAUCUGGCGACAAUGUGCCAUAUUGUUGAACUGUGUGAAGCUGCUGUUACUGUAUCAAGAGGAUAGCGUCUCAGAUGAACCAGUUAAGUUACAGCCAUCCACCCUCUUCAUCUUGGACUUAAUCGUUCAGUCAUGCAGAUGCAACAUGGAUUUUUGUAUUAAAGUAGCAAGACAGUUUCUACGCGUGGGGAAAAAGAACAAAGCUCUCUCCGAUUCAGCCUGUUUAGAUUUGUCGGCACAGUUUCUGGCCAUAGAUUUGGGUCUGAAACCUGCAGUCUUAUUUGACGUCAAUGGUGCUAGCCCGGUGGAAGUCCAUCAUUAUCUGAACGCUUUGCAAGAGGAGGGCUUUGUAUCUUCUGCACUUCGCACAGUAGUGCUUGGUGGCAAUAUCUUUAUAGUGAACCUCGACCAGAUAAUUCUACACUUACAGAGACUGCUUCUGAGACGCAGUCUGGUGGUCAUUGACGUUUGUCCUUCACAGGUAGAGCCUGCUGCCUUUGACAUCACUUUGGGUGGGACUGAGGCCAUGGUCAAAGCUAUGCUGAGUUAUUUUACCAAGGAAUCUGUGAGCCAAGAAAGAAAUUCGAUUCUUGAGAUAGGAGAGGACUUGCUCCAAAAGUGGAACCUUUGCACUCUCUUUGGAGUUCUCCUGGGCUACCCUGCCACCUAUUGGUUUGACCAGGACAUAGGCUUUGACAAUUGUCUGAGUCUGGUACCUCUCUUAGUAACCAAAGUUUCACUGACAUGGCAGACAGCUUAUGGACAGCAUCAGUUUUGCCUCUUCUCCUUCAGUAUCCCAGAGGUUCUGUGGACACAGGCCAAAGCCACAUUUGAGAGCUGGACUCAAAAUCUGCAGCAGCAAUUCAAGAGACAGACUGCUUUAACAGAACUCAACAUAUCUAAAACAAAUGUCACAUUACCUGCUGUAACCCUCUAAAUUUCAGUUUUGUUGAUAACUGACUGACUGUUUUGAUGGUGGGGUGUGUUGUUUGUGUGACUGACUUUUAUUAAACCACUUCAUACAUUUUAGUAAAUGCACUGUGAUGGGGAUGCUUAACGUAUAUUAAAAACGACGAGUCAUUUAAAA